AAUUAAUGAUGAAUAAAAUUUGGGACCAAAUUCCAAAAAAUAUAUCGGCAUUGAAUAUGGUAUAUCCAUCAAACCUCCCCUGUUUUGCUUCCUUUCCGUCCUUUUUUCUUUUUAUAUUUUUCUUCCUUCUAAUGAUGGGUUUGCGUGCAUCACGGGUUCACAAUCAGAUGCGUGGAUGCUUGGAACGGCUCCCAGGGAAGAUGCAUUUGAGUUGAUCUUGAAUGAAUCGUGCAAGAUAAUUCAAUCCUCAUUUGUCCUUAACUCUUCCUCUCUCCUAUUAAUUUAUUUAUAUUACUUUUCUCUGUGUAUUCGUCGUGUAGAGGUGGUCUUGCGAAAUUCAACAUUUCAAUUUUGAACUCAUCGAAUAGUUGACCAAAUUCUAGUUUAAUGUUUUUCUGUUUAUAUCGCGUCCGCCAUACUUUCCCUAAUAAGAAUCAGCUUUAAAAAAUCCACGACUCUGCGCCCACUUUCCCAUAACGCACCGAAUCGCCAAUUUCAAUGGCGGAUAGUUUGCUUUUAUGUCAUCUGCAUAUGGGUUUUACUCUACUUCAUCUUUUGUUUCCCUAAAAAUCCGCCGGAGGCACAGUAUCUAUUCGGCGUUCUGUCUGAAUCUCCAUCUGGGUUUUCUUCAAAAGUUCAAGUCCAAGCUUUGAAGUCUUUAUGUGAACUCUGAUCCAAAAUCCCAAUUCUCUACUGUUCUGCUUCCCUGAAUUCAGCAUCUUCUGCGUUUUCUGUCUGAAUCUCCAUCAGGGUCUGAUUCUUUCUUAUCUAAAUCUGCUCGCUGCCACCAAAAACCAGCUCUACAGUGGUAAACCCGACUUGGGUGUUCCCACAAAGUUGAAAAUUUGGGCGUGAAAUAAGAUGGGUCUGUGUCUGAGCAAGACCAAGGUUUCAGAGCCAGAGGAUAACGGGUACAGAUCAGGAGGAGGUAAUGAUUAUAAUUAUAAGAGAACGCAAGAGCCAUAUGUUUAUCAAUCCGCGGGCGCAGCCCAACAAUCACACCAAUCGCCUUUGAAGCCUUCCUUCAUGGCCCCAAGUCCUAGACCAGUUCGAAGGCCAGAUACAAUUCUUGGGAAACCAUUUGAAGAUGUUAAGGCACACUACACGAUGGGAAAAGAAUUGGGUAGGGGCCAAUUUGGGGUAACUUACCUCUGCGUUGAGAAUUCAACUGGUCACAAGUAUGCUUGCAAGUCUAUAUCAAAGAGCAAGCUUGUUACAAAGAAUGAUAAGGAGGAUAUAAAGAGAGAGAUUCACAUUAUGCAGCAUUUGAGCGGGCAGUCCAACAUAGUUGAGUUCAAGGGGGCUUAUGAGGACAGGCAGUGGGUGCACGUGGUGAUGGAACUGUGUGCGGGAGGGGAGCUGUUUGAUAGGAUUAUAGCUAAGGGGCAUUACAGCGAGAGAGCCGCUGCCUCAAUAUGCAGGUCAAUUGUGAAUGUUGUCCACAUUUGCCAUUUUAUGGGCGUGAUGCAUAGGGACCUCAAGCCUGAGAAUUUCCUUCUCUCUAGUAAUGAUGAAAAUGCACUUCUAAAGGCAACCGACUUUGGGCUGUCGGUUUUCAUUGAAGAAGGAAAGGUAUAUCGAGAUGUAGUUGGGAGCGCUUACUAUGUUGCCCCUGAAGUAUUGCGCCGCAGAUAUGGGAAGGAAAUAGAUAUUUGGAGUGCAGGAAUUAUCUUGUAUAUUUUACUCAGUGGUGUGCCACCCUUCUGGGCUGAGACGGAGAAGGGGAUAUUUGAUGCUAUAUUGCAAGGACAAAUUGAUUUUGCAAGUGAGCCAUGGCCAUCUAUAUCAAAUAGUGCCAAGGACCUGGUUAAGAAGAUGCUGACACCAGACCCAAAAAAGCGAAUUACUUCUGCUCAAGUUCUUGAGCACCCAUGGAUUAGAGAAGGUGGAGAAGCAUCGGACAAGCCAAUAGAUAGUGCAGUCCUUUCUAGGAUGAAGCAAUUCAGAGCCAUGAACAAGCUCAAGAAACUUGCGCUGAAGGUUAUUGCAGAAAAUUUGUCUGAAGAAGAAAUCCAAGGGUUGAAAGCAAUGUUUACAAACAUGGAUACGGACAAAAGCGGCACUAUCACUUACGAGGAAUUAAGAACAGGUUUGGCACGACUGGGGUCAAAGCUCACAGAGGAUGAAGUCCAGCAGCUUAUGGAAGCAGCUGAUGUGGACGGUAAUGGGACCAUUGAUUACUUUGAGUUCAUCACUGCUACAAUGCAUAGGCACAAGUUGGAAAGAGAUGAACAUCUUCACAAAGCAUUUCAAUAUUUCGAUAAGGAUAACAGUGGGCAUAUCACAAGAGAUGAACUAGAGAUGGCUAUGAAGGAUUUUGGAAUGGGUGAUGAAGCCACUCUUAGGGAAAUAAUAUCAGAAGUAGAUACAGAUAAUGAUGGCAGGAUCAACUACAACGAGUUUUGUGCAAUGAUGAGAAGCGGAACCCAACAGCCAAGCAAGCUCUUUUAGUUCCAUUACUGGUGGUUCUUGCACUUUCAAGCUCCUUGCUUAGAGGACUCGGUGCCAUCUCAUGGAAAGAUUUAUUCUUCCUUUUUUUAACCCCUUAUUCCCUUGUUCACAGUUGGAAUUCAAGCAUUUGGGAUUCAAAGUAUUUGGCGCUUCACAGGUUUAUCACCUCACAUCGUUUCGAAGUAUAGGAUUUGUGUAUUACUGAUCUUCAUGUUUGUUGUUUAUAUAGAUAUUCUUUACUGUAUUUCCUGCUUUUUCUCAGGGAUAUUUAAUUUUUGAAGGCUUGCUGUUUGGAGUCGAAAAGGGUAGAAUUUGUUUCAAACUAGUUGUCUUAUUGAUUUGAUUUAUUCCCAACCACCCCCCUCCCCUCCUUUUUUUUGUAGCUCGCUGUAUAAAUGUUAAUUUGAAGGGUAGAUUACUCUAUUGAAGCAUGUAAGAAUUUGCUGCUAUUUGUGCAGAAUGAACUAUUUGCAAAUCAAACAAGCUCUUAAAAGCUUAGGAUUAA